UAUAUUUCUAAAAUUCAACAAACUGUAGUAGAUGAAUGUUACUGUUCAACAUGUUCGGAGUCAUUACCAUAUUUGCCCUUUUUGCGGUUUUUGACAGAGGGUGCUGGGCAACUAGCUAUAGGUUUCCCGACAAUUUCUUGUUUGGCUCUGCAACAUCAGCAUACCAAAUUGAAGGGGCAUGGAACGAAAGUGGGAAGGGUGAAAGCACCUGGGAUAGGCAUACUCAUACCCAUCCAGAAAUGAUCAUUGACGGAAGCAAUGGUGACAUAGCAUGCGAUUCUUAUCACAAAUACGAAGAGGAUAUCCAACUUCUUAAAUAUUUAGGAGUAGAUUUUUAUAGAUUUUCUUUAUCGUGGACAAGAAUCUUCCCAAGUGGAUUUCCAGACGAUAUUAAUUACGAAGGCAUCAAUCACUACAACAAGAUCCUAAAUUUACUUGUAGCUAAUAAUAUUACGGCUAUGGUUACUCUGUUUCAUUGGGAUCUUCCACAAGGCCUUAUGGCGGUAGGAGGAAUGCUCAAUCCUAGGUUUGUCACCUUCUAUACUGAAUACGCAAGAACGGCUUUUGAACAUUUUGGCGAUCGAGUUCAAUAUUGGUUAACUUUUAAUGAACCUUUUCAAACUUGUGUGUUUGCGUAUGGAGAUUUAAUGUUGGCUCCUGCACUAGGAAUCUCAGGGAUUGCGGACUAUCUCUGUGGACAUAAUCUACUGAAAGCUCAUGCAGCUGUUUAUCGUCUCUACAAUACGACAUACAAACCAAAAUACAAAGGUAAAAUUGGUAUCUCAAUAAGUGCUGAAUGGCUUGAGGCAAAUAACACAAAUGAAGAGGCAGCUGCAGAAAGGAUAAGGCAAUUUUGGUAUGGUAUGUACCUUCAUCCAGUUUUUUCAUCUAAAGGGGAUUAUCCUGAUGUUGUAAAGGAAUAUGUUGCUUAUCAUAGCUCUUUAGAAGGUUAUAAACAAUCGAGGCUUCCACAGUUUACCGAAGAUGAAAUAAACUACAUAAAAGGAACUUAUGAUUUUAUGGGUUUAAAUCACUAUAGUACGUAUUUAGCUAGUGAUGCUCCAAGCAGUAGUCUGGAAACAUCUUACUACAAUGAUUAUCAGGUCAGCCUAUCGUCUACUGGUGAUUCGGUAGCGAAUGAUCCCAACAGUUUAAUUGAGGUUAGACAUAUUUUCUAUCUCUUUCCCUUAGUUUAGAAUUGACUAAGCAAAAAAUCUAGACACUUAAGGUGUUGGCUCUUUACACAAAUAUAGACCCUCCAACCUGUGAGUGCGUUGAUUCUUUGAUUAGAAUUUCUUUGUUUAAUUUAAAAAAUAUCAUAAUUACAAAUAUACAGGAAUUAGUAUAGUAUAUAUAAGCAGGAAUGAGAGGAUCUUAAGUGAGUUAAGAUAUUUCAUUUCACUUUUUGUUUCAUGUGAAAGUUUUUUAUGUAAAUUAUUAAAAUUAAAUUAUUUAGAA